AUGCCUGAGUCUCCAAGUGAGCUAGGUCAGAAACAAUCCCUCCGCCGCUCCCUCACCCUUCCCACCAAGUUAAAUCCACUCGCGCAACGUCGCUCGAGCGUGCCGAAUACCCCCGAACAUGUAAUUUUCUAUCACCCAUCUGCGAAAAUCGUGCAUUUCUCCCCAAGGGCGCUCGCCCCUAUUCCUUCCAGUUCUGCGCCAUCCGACUUCGACUACCCGGUUGACACCAUCGAAACACUCCCCUGGCGCUCUGCGACUGAAAGAACGGUCGCAACAGCGCCACUGAGGCUUGAGAAGGUUCAUGGCUCAACGGCGUUCCUGAAAUGUGGGAAUGUUGUCCAUGCGAUCCUAAAAAACUCGCAGUGUUGGUGUGUCGACGGAGUCUCAAAGUUUGUUUUACGCAUUCGCCCUCUUACAUACUAUCGCAUCGAAAUACCGUACGAGACGGAAGACGACCGGAGUUUGGUGCGGGAUCUGAAGAUCGCGUUGCCCACAGUUCUUCGGUAUGAGGUCACGCCGUGCCCUUUCAAACGCGCUUUCAGCGUUGAGCUCCCGGACGAUGCGAUGGCACCUCGGCGCAAAAAGGCCUGGCAACCUAAAGAUCGGAGAGACAGGCCACCGAAUGCUCUAGAACCUCCGCGAGAGACACCGUCGCCCUCUUCAAUUAGGUCAGAUUGUAUCGAUUCCGUGAGCACCGGGGACGACACCGACGGAAACUUGACCGAUGACAGUUGUUUUACCUCAAACAAAGCAAACAGUACAAUUUUAGAGACGAUUCCCGACGAUCGGGAAUCCUCUCCUGUUGAGGCUUUGAGUCCUUCCCCAUAUCUUGGCCCUCCUAGGCGCUCGGUGACUGAACUACCACCAACUUUCACUAGCCUGCUUGCAAAGUUUGAGGCUACGUCAGUCGCAGAAGAUGAACAUGACUUUGAAAAUGUGCUCAACCCAGAAUACGCAUCCAGUACCGAUGCUGCACUUCAAAUUGAUCACGAGAUGAACGUUACAGGCCGACUCGAGCCUGAGUUUGUAGCCGAUGGUGUAGCUGAAGCCGGGUCUGAAUCCGGGGCUGUACUAGAUGCUGAAUUUAAAGUCGAAGCGCAGCUUGAGGCCAAGUCUGAACUUGGACUAGAAGCUAUACCACAAGCCGAACCUUUCAUCGAAACUGCAGUUGGAGCAGAUCCCAUCGUCCCAAUUGAGACUGACGCAGUGUUGGCGGCUGAAACUUCAGAAGUUAUAUUCCGUGUUGAAGCCCCCAGUGCAGUUGAAGCCGAGGCAUUACCCGAAGGAAAUUCCAUGAACGCCCAAGAAGUUCAACCUGUUCAACCCGCUGCUGAGCCCAAACUGGAAGCUGACUAUGAUGCCUCCUUUGCGUCGAGCCCCGAGUCAUUCCAUUCUGCUGAGCCUCAAUCGCCAGCUUCAGUUUCUACUCAUCCGACAUCUGUGGGAGGCCACGAUCUGCAAGAGUCAGAAGAUAUGUUCAAGCUUUCGAGCACAAAACACAUCAUUUCUGGAUUGGAAUCAGCACAAGCGGAUUCGUUUGAGAUGCCACAGCUCCCAGCAAUCAAAAUUCCUCAAAGUGACGACAUCACAAAGCCAACCAGUGUGUCUGGUCCUGCAUUAAUGAAUAAUACAAGUUUGGACACUUUGCCCAGGCGCUUCGCAGAUGCGUUCUCGGACACCUCACCCUCAAUGGCUCCUACAAGCAAUGUGAAUCGACCCAGUCGUUUUGCGGAUGCGUCUUCGGACAUCCAAAUGCGCCCUAACCCUCAUGCAAAGGCCACUGCGUUGAAUACUGAUUUUGACCACAUGAGUGCCGAGUUCCGCCGCCGGGCAAAAGCCACAAGAGAGCGUGACGUCUCUCCUAUGCCUCAUUCUUCGGCAUUGUACCAACCAUCUGGUGAUGAUGGCUCAUCCUUCAUCUCAAAGGCUAUCACCCUAGUAUUGAUUCCCCCUGCCUAUCUUUUCGUUAUUCUCCUUCAUAUUGCUGCGCGCAUUGUCAUCAACCCAACUACCCAGCCGACUAUCACGUCCACACCGAGUGAGCCACAUUCUCAUUUCCAGCAAACAAGGAAGGACCCAGCCACAGAGGAUGACUUCAGCUUUCCACUGGAGCCUCAAACUUCCUCGGAGUACGAAGAUGCUGAAAUCUUCAAGAAACUUGACCCUUGGGAUCUGGACUAG